AGCACACCCACUCUACAGCGCCAUUAAACUAAAACAUCCCUUCUUCAACCAACCCCCUCCCUCCCUCUAAAACUGAGACACAAUGGCGUCUCUUCAAGCCUCACUGCGAUCCAAUCACAUUCAUCCCACGCAAAUCCCCAGAAGCUUCCUCACUCAAAACCCUCUGCUCAAGCUCUCAUUCUCCGGUACCAACUUCCCUUCCCUCAAACUGAAAUUCCCGGGCACCGCCACCAGCCGCCGAUCCAAUGGCGCCCUCGGGGCUAAGAUGUCGGCAACCGCCGCCGCCAGCUACGCCCUCGCCCUUGCCGACGUCGCCAAAGCCAACAAUACCCUCGACGACACCGCCUCCGACAUCGAGAAGAUCGAGGAAGUCUUCUCCGACCCGCAGGUGUUCGGCUUUUUCUCCAACCCAACCAUCGAUCUCGAGAACAAGCGCAAGGUAGUGGAGGAAAUCGCGGCCUCCUCGAGCUUGCAGCCCCACACUCUCAACUUCCUCAACAUUCUAGUGGACGCCAAGAGGAUCGAUCUGAUCAAGGAUAUAGCGAAGGAGUAUGAGUUCGUCUAUAACGACGUAACGAAUACGGAGCCAGCGAUAGUGAGUUCGGUUGUGAAAUUGGAAUCGGAGCAGUUGUCGCAGAUAGCGAAGCAGGUGCAGAAGCUGACAGGGGCGAAGAAUGUGAAGAUUAAGUCCGUGAUCGAUCCGAGUUUGGUGGCCGGAUUCACCGUCAGGUAUGGGAAUUCUGGAUCGAAGUUGAUUGACAUGAGCGUGAAGAAGCAACUCGAGGACAUCGCAGCUCAGCUUGAUCUGGGUGACAUCACACUCACUGUAUAAGCCAAUUUAGCUACUGUUUAUGGUUUAAUUCAAUUGCGCUUACCUUUUCCCCCUUCUUGUAGUUACAUGCGUGUGUUUGUGGAAACAAUUUCUGGGUUUUAAAUGGUGAGAUUUUGCUGCAUAUAUUA